AUGGCGCCACAGUUUCUCAACCCAGGCGAAGAGCGAAUAUUCAACAAGAUCCGUGACACUGUUCUCAAACAGCCUAAUGUGGUUCUCGCUGCCUCCGGCGUACGUUCGUGGAUCGUUGCGACCAGGUUUACGGCGGGAAGGGAAGUAAUCGAUUCCUUCCCACCGAUCUAUAUAUACCUCGAGGAAAGUGUCCGUGAUCAAUACUUCGAGACGUAUACCUUGGACGAUAUGGGUAAACCUAUAGGCGGCAAGGUCAGAAGGACGGCCCAAAGCAAGGACGGACAGCUGGCCAUCGGAUUACUUGGGUGUCGGUGGGUGCCGGGCUACGUUUGUCUGGACAGUGGCAAAGUGGGCAAUCGUUGCGCUUCAGUGGUAUCUCACGUAAAGAGGCUCUGCUACAAAGACAUUGCCGAGACUAGUAUUCCCAGCAAUUUGGACCUCUGCGAUGCGCAUGUGGAUACCUUCCUCCCCAUCUUUUUGCCUCCUGGUCGUGCAGAUACCAUCGGCGAAUGGACUCAGUGCCUUGCGAAGAGCGCACACGGCGGUGCACUCCCGACGUUGCUCGGCAAGCGAGACCUGCUGCCGAUUGCCCCGCUUGUCUGGGCAGAGAUGGAGACUAUCAUCAGCGAGCGCGACCCUCACUUCACGCCAACUCCUUAUGAUCUUGUGGUUGCUAAGACGCCUAUCGAGCCCAGCCCUUCUGCUAUGCCUAUCGCAGGACCGUCGCUUCUUGCCACGCCCGCUGCGCCCGCUCUCGCGCCCAACAUGCCCGGCAAUGGACGCAAGCGCAAAGCUUCUCAUAUCGAAGACUCGGAGGAAGACGCCCAGCCUGACAGGCGCAAUCGGCGCCGAGGAGAGAGUCCAACUAUCGACAACACUACAUCCACCUCUCUUGCUGCUGCUGCUGCAUUGCCUACCGGCGGCAAUGCCCCCCUUCUCUCUCCACAAGCCGCCGCCACCACACCUGUCCCUGGCUCCCCAUCCAUCGAGGAGAAUGUCGCCAUCGACCCUCUCCUUCUCGAACACCCCUAUUACGGAGUCCCUCCGACUUUGCUACCCGCCGCUGCGAAGCCCAUCGCCGAGGCGGCGUCCGUAGCAUCGGCUAGCGAGGUCGUGGCCAACGCCAUGUCGCGCUCUUCCCAUACAGCAGUCGAGAUGUUCAUUGACCUUCCGACGUGGUUACGCUCUUCCCCGAAGGAGUAG